AUGGCCAUAUCUGCCAGUCGCUCCUUGGCCUUACGGCCUAUCGCUUUGGGCCUGGGCAAAUUCCUCGCGCUCUCUUUCUCCCACCUCCCGCUCGUUUCUGCCGCUCCAACCUCCCAAUUCCUUGCUCGCCGUCACGGUGGUGCUCAUGCCGAGACCCAUGCACUACCGGCCAAUGACGCCAGUCUAUGGCUGUAUCUAGGGGUGGCCGCCGCCCUCGUGCUGGCGGGAGGUGCGUUCGCCGGUUUGACCAUUGCUCUAAUGGGCCAGGAUGAAGUAUAUCUGCAAGUCAUUCAAACAUCAGGGGAUAGCCCAUCUGAACGAAAAAACGCGGCCAGCGUACUGCGACUGUUGAAGCGAGGAAAGCACUGGGUGCUGGUGACGCUGUUGCUCAGCAAUGUCAUAACAAACGAGACUCUCCCUAUUAUCCUCGACCGAUCGCUCGGCGGAGGUUGGCCCGCUGUUCUGGGCAGUACAGUCUUGAUUGUCAUCUUCGGUGAAAUCGUUCCUCAGUCGAUCUGCGUCCGCUACGGCCUUCCCAUCGGUGCUUGGAUGGCCCCCUGUGUCCUGGGCCUGAUGUAUCUCAUGGCUCCCGUGGCUUGGCCUGUUGCCAAACUACUAGACAAGCUGUUAGGGGAGGACCACGGAACAAUUUACAAGAAGGCAGGUCUGAAGACUCUCGUAACACUCCAUAAGACAUUGGGCGAGGCGGGGGAGCAGCUCAACUCCGACGAAGUCACCAUUAUCAGUGCUGUUCUAGAUCUCAAGGAGAAGUCUGUUGGCACUAUAAUGACCCCAAUGGACGAUGUCUUCACCAUGUCGGCAGAUACCGUGUUGGACGAACAAACCAUGGACUUGAUUCUUUCGCAAGGAUAUUCCAGAAUUCCUAUACACUCUCCCGACAACCCAAGGAACUUCAUCGGUAUGCUUCUAGUCAAGAUGCUCAUCACAUAUGAUCCAGAGGAUUGUAAACCAGUCAGUUUUUUUGCCCUGGCAACUUUGCCGGAAACACGCCCAGAGACAAGUUGCUUAGAUAUCGUCAACUUUUUCCAAGAAGGAAAGUCACACAUGGUUCUCGUCUCGGAGUUUCCCGGUGAGGAUCGUGGCGCAUUAGGUGUGGUUACACUGGAGGACGUUAUCGAGGAGCUGAUUGGCGAGGAAAUUAUUGACGAGUCAGAUGUAUUUGUGGACGUCCACAAAGCGAUUCGGCGUAUGAACCCUGCUCCCUAUUCGCGCGUCCCCAAAGGCCGUUUUGUCGAGGAUCCUCCUGCUCUUGCCAACCAAGGGCCUUUGGUGGAUGUGGGCGGUGAUUCACCAGCAACUACAGGCCACACUGUUACCCGUCGUCGAAGCUCUGUUGAGGCACCCCUAGCACGCUUCCAACUCCGCCGAUCGCAAGGAGACAAAGAGAGACACUCAGUUGAUGCUCUGGUCACCCGCCUCGGUUCAACAGAUGAACUCCGCGAACACCUGAAGCAUCUCGGCCCUUCCAACCUCGCCAGCCGUCCUCGACAGACUCGGUACCAGAACGUGAAAAUCAAACGCUCAAGCAUAUCAUCCCCUUCGCGCUCGGGGCAGACAGAUAUCGAUUCUGUGGUCGAGCAUGCCCGGCAUCAGUCACUUGGGUUGCCUGCUAUUUCUGACACGGUUGCUUUGACGUCAAGCGGGUUAAAUCCCAGAGAUGGUGCGCACGCCGUGCUAAUGAACAGUAACGGUCAAAAAUCCCCGGAGCCCUUGGCGAAGAGCGGCCAGACAGUGUCAAUACCUGAGCAGGUUACAGAGGAGCAAGAUAGCGUGCCACAGUCCGCAAACAGUCGGCGCACCGGUUCUGCAGGAUCAGAUGUGGAUCCCAAUUAUAGCAGCAGCUACAUCCAUCGGGGUCCCGCUCGCAGUGGAAGCAUCACCGAACACAUUGUCGAUGUCAACGGCAUCCGAAAGGUCGUCCUCCAUACAACAAGUAGCAACAGCUCUUCUGACGGCGAGGGAUCAUCCAAGCCAAAAUUCCCAGUUCGCCAGGGCAGCGAAGUCAUCGAUCUCAACGACACAGAUGGUGAGCCUUCCGAACAAUCGAAGAAGAAGCGCCGCCAUCGGAGACAUAAAAAGAGCAGAGACUCCAAUAAUAGAGACGAGGAAACACCCCUACUACCUUAA